AUGCCUCUACCUUAUGCUGCGCUUUUACUCGUCCCGUGCCUGCUCUUUGCCGGGCAGGCUUUCUACAACCUUUUCCUCCACCCGCUGCGCAAGUUCCCCGGGCCUGCGCGCACAGCCGCAUUCAAAUGGCCGUGGUUCUGGCACAAGGCGCGCGGGACCCAGGUUGCCUGGAUCACCGAGCUUCACCGGCAGUACGGCCAUGUGGUUCGCGUUGCGCCAGACCAUCUCUCCUACACCGAUGCCGAGGCCUGGAAGGACAUUUACGGCCACAAGACACCCGCUGGACGCGGUAACUUGCCCAAGGACCUGCGAUUCUACCCUCAACCCGUAAUUGGCAAGACAGGAAUCAUCACGGCAAAUGACGCCGACCACUCCCGCGUGCGCCGCAGUAUCGCCCACGCCUUCUCGGAAAAGGCGCUCAUCGAGCAGGAGCCGAUGAUCCGCCACUAUGUCGGACUGCUCGUCGAGAAACUGCGGGAUGCAGCAUCGGUACCGGUCGGCGACAAUUCCAUCGACAUGGUCCGCAUGUUCAAUUACACCACGUUCGAUAUCAUGGCGGACCUGGCGUUUGGCGAGUCGCUGGGUCUGCUCGAGCGGGCCGAUUAUGUCCCCUGGGUUGCGUCUAUCAUACAAACCAUCAAGGCCGCCGGCAUCAUCGGAACUCUCCAGAGCGCCUUCCCGCUGCUCAUGCCGGUGCUGAUGAAGACGGUUCUCAGCGGCAUGCAGAAAAGCCGCUACAAGCAUAGCCGCUUCGCGCAGGAGCACGUCGACAAGCGACUGGCCCGUGAGACGACGCGGCCGGACAUCUGGACGUUUGUGCUGCGCAACACUGCGAACGAUGCGGCCAAGGGCGGCCUUUCCCGCGACGAGAUGCACGCCAACGCCGCCGCUUUGAUGGGAGCCGGCACCGAAACGACGGCCACGGUGCUCAGCGGCGCGUGCUGGCUGCUCUGCAACAAUCGUGACAAGCUGGACCAGCUGAAUGACGAAGUGCGCCAGGCCUUCGGCUCUGCUGACGAUCUUAGCAUGCAGACUCUGGCGCGGCUGCCGUACCUGAACGCCUGCUUGCAAGAAAGCCUGCGCAUGUUUCCGCCGGCGCCGCUGGGUUUGCCGCGGGUUGCUCCACGGGGAGGAACCGUCAUUUGCGGAAAGCCGGUGGCUGAGAGGACAACCGUGUACGUGUCCCACUUCGCCGCCUACCACAGCGCGUCCAACUUUUACGACGCCUACAACUUCCACCCGGAGAGAUGGCUCCCAGAUGCCGAUCCGUGUUUUGCCGACGACAAGAAAAACGUCAUGGAGCCUUUCAGCUUUGGACCAAGGAACUGUGUUGGAAAGAAUCUUGCGUGGCACGAGAUGCGCGCCAUUCUUGCCAACAUUGUCUUAAACUUUGACAUGCAGCUUUCCGAAAAAACGGGCAAGAACUGGAUGGACCAGAAGGCAUAUUUGGUUUGGGACAAGACGCCACUUUAUAUUAACUUGAAGCCGGUUGUCCAGGAUGUAAAGGCCUAA